AUGUCAAAAUUUGAUCCCUACACCCACCUCAACAUUGUCCACAACCCGAUCGACGACACCUUGACCCGCCUCGUCAGCCUCCCCACCACCGACGCCAACCCCAACUCGUCUCCCGGCGAUCCUGUCGCCUCCAAAGACCUAACCCUCAACUCGGAAACCAAGACGUGGCUACGAAUCUUCCGACCCUCCAAGCUCCCCUCUAACGACAACACCGUCGCCCGCCUUCCUAUCAUCAUCUACUUCCACCACGGCGGCUGGCUCCUCCUCAGCGCCGCCGACACCUCCAUCCACACGAACUGCUCCCUCAUCACCAGCCAAGUUCCCGCCAUUCUAGUCUCGGUAAAUUACCGUCUCGCCCCCGAGGCCCGGCUUCCGGCGCAGUACGAGGACGCAUUGGACGCUAUCCACUGGGUUAAGAAGCAAGGCGUCAACCCCGAGGGCGAGCAAUGGAUCCGAGACUACGGCGACCUGUCUAGGUGCUACUUGUACGGCUGCGGCUGCGGGGGCAAUAUCGUCUUUUACUCGGCGCUCAAAGCCUACGAGACUAUGAAGUUGGAACCCAUGCAGAUAUCUGGGAUCAUAAUGAACCAACCCAUGUUCAGCGGGAUUCAGAGGACCAAGUCGGAGCUCAAAUUUGCUACGGAUCAGCUCUUGCCUUUGCCUGUGCUCGACCUCAUGUGGGACUUAGCCUUGCCGAAAUCGACGGACCGGAACCACCGUUAUUGUAGUCCUGCGCUCGACGCUGGCCGGCAUAAAGAGCUGAUCCAGCGGCUGGGGCGGUGUUUGGUGAUCGGGUUCGGAGGGGAUCCGAUGGUGGACAGGCAACAUGAGUUUGUGACGAUGUUGGUGUCUCAUGGGGUACGUGUAGACGCACAGUUUGAUGAUCUAGGGUUCCAUAAUAUUGAUUUUGUAGACGAGAAAAGGGCUGCUGCAGUUUUGGACAUUGUUAAGGAGUUUAUCAUUUGA